CUGUUUACAAGGUCACUUUAAAAUUUGGGACGUGACGAAUGGCGAACUGAUGGCGGAAAUCCACCGUAACAACUACUUUGACAUGCAACGCAAGGAGGGCCAACGAUCGCCAACGGGACCUGUGCUGAUCAAAGGCAAACCUUCCAACACGAACAUCACCAGAAUGCAGGAAAUCUACCCCGAACCUACAGGCCUACAGCCUGAAAAAGAAGCUUCAGUUCAACUUCACCAGUCCAAACAAAGCCAAGAACCGAAAUCCGGCAAGGAUCCGUCCCUCUUUGACUUUGCGGCACAGGCACAGUACGUGAAGGUGUUUACCAGCGAUCCGGCGAACUCACAGAAACGACUCAGCAAUGCCGGAUUGUGAGCGGAGCUCCGAAACCGCUUCCUCUCGUCUUCCGGUCUAAACACGAUGCGACCACCGUGCAGCUGCGACAAAACCGCAACGAAGAAACGUUCCAACGACCUAGCAGCAGUACGGCGCGCAAGAAAUCCUACCAAACCUCGCCGAUCUGGUGUCUGGACUUUCUGGAUAAUCUCAUCGUGAUCGGGUGCGCCGACGGGCGGCUCGAGUUCUGGGACGGCACCACCGGCAACUUGAAGGGCAUCUACGAGACGGAGCACACCCCAACAACGGGGUCACCAACAUCAAGCUGACUGGGGACAAGGUUGUGGCGGCCCGGCUCAGCGGCCGCAUCGACUUCCUGCGGUUCGAAACGUAGACUCAGGGUCGGCAGAUCGACUGGGGAUUUACGUCCGCGUACCGGCGCACGCACAUUUGCACCGGUUCGGCGGGUAGCUUAAGCAUGUUCCAGCAGCCGAACGGUCCGACCAGCGUUCAUCACGCCUCGGAGGAGGAGCUGCGCUGCAUCCUGAAGUUUCACCAGCAGGGCCCCCAGAUGCCGGAGACGUGUCGGGAGGUGGCCGGCGAAACCGUCAUGACCUGUAGCAUGGACCACACGGUGAAGGUGUUCCGGCACUGUCACUGCGGGCCGAUCUCGUGUCAUGGCCCGUUCGAGCCGCCGAAGCCUGGAGCUGGAUGUGACCUCGGCCGAGGACAACCGCAAGAUGCGCGAGUACGAUUUGGUAAGCGUGUGGUUUUCUGGACUUGA